UUGAUCACCGAGGCGACCUGGAGAAAAACAUCUUUCGCGUUGGUCCAGGAACCUUACAUCGGUCGCAUUGGAGAAAUGAAGCACUACCCAGGGACACGAAUAAUACAAUGUCACAGAGAACCCAACACUGGAAGGGUUAUCAAGGCUGCCAUUGUAUUGUUCGACGACACCAUUGACGUAACCCAGUGUCCCGACCUAACAACUGAAAAUAUCGCAGUCGCUAAGUUGAGGACAGGGACCUGGGAGAUGGCAGUGGUGUCUGUCUAUCUGGAGGGUGAUAAGCCAAUCGACCCAUACCUGGACGUGAUCAAAAAGGCAGUGGAAGCCUCAGGGACUGGAAGCGUGAUACUCGGUGGAGACGUGAACGCAUGGAACACCUGGUGGGGUAGCCGGGAGACGGACACAAGGGGAACAGACUUGGCCGCCAGACUCGACGAAUUGGAGCUUCAUAUACUCAAUAGAGGAUCGGAUCCCACCUUUGAUAUUGUCAGAGGUGGGAGAAGAUUCUCUAGUUGCGUGGACAUAACUACCUGCUCGACGAGCCUAUUAGGGAGGGUAGAAAACUGGAGGCUUUCUGAAGAAAUAACUGUUUCGGACCACAGAGCAAUCCUGUUCGAUAUAAAUCUUGAAAAAUCAAUUGGAACAGAUGUAUGUAGAACAACAAGAAAGUACAAUACAAAAAGGGCAAACUGGAGUGAGUUUCGUGAGAAACUCCUCCAGCUUUGGAACAGUAAAACACUAAACAAAAAAGAAAUAGAUAAAAUAGAAUCAAGAGAAGAAUUAGAAAUAAAAAUAGAAGAGGUAACAAAAACAAUCACUGAUGUAGCCGACAAACAUAUGUCCAAAUUGAAGAACAGGAAGCGAAUAGGAUUGCCCUGGUGGACCGACGAGUUAACACAGUUUAAGAAGAAAGUCUCCAGGCUAAAACGUCGAAUAUCAUGUGCAGCAACAAUUCGUCGUGAAUGGGUUGUGGAGCAGUACCUCAGCGCUAAAGAGGAGUACCAGCUGGAAGUCAAGAGGGCCCAAACUUCCAGUUGGAAGGAGUUCUGCAGCAAGCAAGAGCGAGAAUCAAUGUGGGACGGAAUCUAUAGAGUGAUGCCCUUUGUCAUAGAUGGAAAAACCGUGGGAAACGAGGAAUCAGCCAAAAUGCUGGCUGAUAUAUUCUACCCAGAAGACGAUACUAGGGGUGACAACAUAGGACACAGGCAAAUGAGAGACAAUGCGAGUUGUGUAAAUGAAGGGUCACAUGAUGAUUCAUGUGACCCACCAUUCACGAUGGAGGAAUUGAUGUGGUCUGUGUCUAGUUUUAACCCCAAAAAGGCACCAGGGAAUGACGGUCUUACGGCCGACAUUUGUGGAACAGCCAUCUCUCUGAACCCGGAUAUGUUUUUGGCUAUAGCCAACAAAUGCUUGAGCCUAGCAUACUUUCCUAGGAAAUGGAAAGAGGCGGUAGUAGUGGUUCUGCGAAAGCCUGGAAAAGAGAACUACACACAUCCUAAAUCCUAUAGACCUAUCGGACUGCUGCCUGUGCUCGGUAAAAUCUUCGAGAAAAUGUUGAUCCAACGAGUAAAAUGGCAUAUUGUACCCACACUUAGCCGGAGACAGUAUGGAUUUAUGCCGCAGCGUAGUACCGAAGACUCCCUCUAUGACAUAAUGCAGCUAGUAAAAACCAAGCUUGAAGACAAAAAAUUAAUAUUAUUAAUAUCUUUGGACAUAGAGGGAGCCUUCGAUAACGCAUGGUGGCCGGCAAUCAGAUGCAGGCUUGCAGAGACUGGUUGCCCUAUAAAUCUACGACGUCUCAUUGACAACUAUCUCGAGGAUAGAACCGUUUGCAUCAGGUACGCAGGAGCAGAAUAUACGAAAACCACUGCAAAGGGAUGUGUGCAGGGCUCAAUAGGGGGUCCUAUAUUUUGGAACCUGCUAAUUGACCCUCUAUUACAAGAACUGAGCGAAAAAGGGGAACAUUGCCAGGCUUUCGCGGACGAUGUGGUCCUGAUUUUCUCCGGGGACAGGUCAUUGGAAGUGCAGGAUCGGGCCAACGCGGCCCUCGCGCAUGUUCAGAAGUGGGGAGUCAGAAAUAAACUCAAAUUUGCACCAAACAAGACCAAGGCAAUGGUAAUAACAAAAAAGAUUAAGUAUGACUCACCACUUCUGAAAAUGGGCGGGGAGAGCAUUGCGUUGUGUACUGAAAUGAAAAUUUUGGGGCUUACUAUAGACGCUAAGUUGACCUUCAACACACAUGUAAAAAAUGUGUGUUGCAAGGUACAGCGUCUAUACGGUCAGUUAACAAGAGCCGCCAAGAUUAGUUGGGGCCUGAACCCGGAGAUCAUUAGGACCAUCUACGUAGCGGUAACGGAGCCGAUCAUACUGUACGCGGCCAGUGUAUGGGCAUCGGCCACAUACAAACACAGUGUUAAAAAGCAGCUCGACACGGCACAACGCGGAACUCCAAUGAAACCGAGUGGUGAGGUGUCAUCCCCCCCUAAACCAGGAACGUCAGCUUCCCCUCCCAAUGUUAGGCGAAGCAUAAGCGACUGGGAAGGUGCAUCCACCAACCCUGCUCCAACAAACUCAAGCGCAAAGACGGUCCAGGUGGACAAUACUACCUCUAAACCACGACCGGUACUGUCGAAAGACAACAAACCCACGGCCGCGCGUAGACCAUCUAUCGAUGUCCAAACUCCUCAUGAGAGUAAAUACGAAAAUCGAACGUCGGAAGCAAGGGCCUGCCUGAACAAAGGUAAAUUACAUCUGAGCGCCUCUCGAAAUAUAAAAACCGAGAUUAAAAAUGGAUUGGUUGAGGCACUUGAUCGACUCUACCAGAUUGUUAGGGAAGCUGAAAAGGAGUUAAAAAUAGAAAAGUCUAAAGGUGUUGGUGUUGGUGAUGGGAUUGUGGGGGGGGAGCCGGUGCAAACCAGUACCGACUCUACAUUCAUAGUCAAAACACCGGAACCAACAAGUAGCACCCAGUGCGACCCAAACAUAAUAGCUCGAAUCGAGGAGCAUACGAAGCUGUUGAUCGAAAGCAACAAAAAGAUAGAAGAGCUUAAGGCGUCUAUUGACAGACAAAAGGAGACCUUGGAACGGGCAACCUACGCGAGUGUAGUAUCGAAUAAAAUCGCAAACAUACCAAAAGUACGAAGCACGCUGCACUCGGUAGUGGUCACCUCAAAAGAUGAAACUGAAUCAGGGGAAGAGGUGCUCGACAAGGUCAGGAAAGCGGUAGAUGCAAAAGACGGCUGGAUUAAAGUUGAACGGGUAAGGAAAGCGAAGGACAGGAAAAUCAUCAUAGGAUUUGAUACACCGGAAGAAAGAAGUAAAGCCAAGCACAGACUGGAAACCAAGGGGGUGGACCUCACCGUCGAGGAGGUGAGGAACAAAGACCCAUUAUUGAUCCUCUUAAGUGUAUUGUCCAUUAACACCGACGAAGACAUUAUCAAAGCACUGAGGAACCAAAAUGGGUAUGUCUUUCAUGGCCUCGACGGAGCGGAAGACAGGGUGGAGGUUAAAUAUAGGAAGAAAACAAGAAACCCCCACACUAACCAUGUAGUGAUUAGUGUGUCACCUACCAUCUGGCGUAGAGCAACAGAAACUGGAUACUUCCAUAUUGACCUCCAGCGUGUCAGAGUGGAUGACCACUCCCCCUUGGUCCAGUGUAGCCGCUGUCUGGGAUAUGGGCAUAGCAAAAGAUUUUGCAAAGAACCAGCAGACAUAUGCAGCCAUUGCGGCGGCCCUCACCAGGGAGCGGAGUGCGCUGAUAGGAUUGCUGGUGAACCACCCGCUUGUAAGAACUGCACAAGGGCUAAACUGGAUCAGGCAGAGCAUAACGCCUUUAGCCGUGAUUGCCCUAUUCGCCAAAAAUGGGAUAAGAUAGCGCGAUCAUCUGUAGCCUACUGCUAA